AUGCCCGCUCUGAAUCCCUUCGCCAAGAAUGCGCUUAGGAUAUUUAAAAAGACAACGUAUUACACUUGCGACCCGAGCAAGGAUCUAAUAUCUGUAGUCUAUGAUGACGGCAAUCAACGCUACAAGCUGCACAUGAAUGAACCAAAAAUCAAAUGUUGCUAUAAGGCGAUUCUGCGCAACGGAAAUGGUGCCGAGGCGGACAACGAGUUCAAAUUGCUGCCAUGCACUUAUUUUCCCCAGAAUUUCGUCGUGCCACAACACGUAGAUGCGAUCAUCACCGAAUGCCGUCGCUUGAAGGACAAAAAGCUGUUGCAACAGGAUGCCUUUGGCUUUGUGCAACCAGCGAGACAUGUGGGCAAUCGCACAACUUUGAAUAAUUCAAUUGUAGCUGAAUCCCCUGGGGGUAGACCCAGUGUCCUGCUCUGGGGCAUUGACUCCAUGUCGCGAAUGAACUUCCAGCGGACCAUGCCGUUGAUGUACAAGUAUCUCAGAGAAGAGAACUGGUACGAGCUGCAGGGCUACAACAAGAUGGGAGAUAACACAUUUCCCAAUUUACUGGCACUGCUCACAGGAUUCAACAACACAAGAGCAAUGUCUGUCUGCCGGCCAACAUUUGUGGCUGGCUUGGAUGCUUGCCCAUUACUCUGGCAAACGUACAGGCAGCUGGGAUAUAUCACAGCCUAUGCAGAAGAUUGGGGUCAAUUUUCUACAUUUAACUAUCACAAGAAGGGAUUCGUCAAACCGCCAACAGAUUACUAUCCACGCCCUCUCAUGCUGGCCGUCGAGAAGGAGCUCAAAAAAGUAUUGAUUUCCAAAAUACCCUACUGCGUGGGGCGUCGACAUUAUGCGGAGUACAUUUACGAUUAUGCCAUACAGUUUACUAGGGUGCACAAAAAUCAGUCCACCUUUGGCAUGUUCUGGACGAACUCCUUUAGCCACAACGACUUUGCCCUGCCCUCUUCCAUGGAUGCCAAGAUCCUUGAAUAUAUGCACACAUUACAGAAAAAUGGAAUCUUUGAAAAGUCCAUAAUUCUAUUCUUUAGUGAUCAUGGCAUGCGAUUCGGUCCACUGCGCAGCCUGGAUAGUGGAUUCUUGGAGGAACGCAUGCCUAUAUUAUAUAUCUGGCUGCCAAACUGGUUUAGGCACAAAUAUCCACAGUAUGUGCAUAGUUUACAGCUGAAUAGGAAUCGUUUAACCUCGCCCUUCGACAUCCAUGCCACGUUGCGGCACAUUCUGGAGCUGGACACUCCGCUGGCAGAGCUGUCGCGACCCGAAAGCUGUCCCAGUUGUCAUAGCAUCUUUUACGAAGUAGCCGAGUCGAGGGAUUGCCGGGAUGCGGGCAUUAAUGAUCAUUGGUGUACUUGCCACACGUUCAAAAAAAACUCACGAACGGAUUAUCAUAUUAAGGAAAUCUCACAACAGCUGAUUGAUUCCACAAACGCCUAUCUUGUGGCCAACAAUCUGACUGACGUUUGUCAGACUCUAAGAUUGUCAAAUAUCGAGUCGGUGCAGAGAAAAAUAAGUUUGAAAGCGAAGGCAUUUGAAUCGUAUCUUGUCAGGUACGAGGCCCAACCGGAGAAUGCCCUGUUUGAGGCUUCGACUGAUUGGAAUAACAAAACUCAGCGAAUCUCCAUUAACGUGCCUGAUAUAAGUCGUCUGGACUCGUACAGUCAACUAUCCAAGUGCGUAGAAGAUAAUAUUGCUAAAAAGUUUUGCAUAUGCUAUGACUAUGCAGAACACAAGCCCUGAUAUUGUCUAUUUCCGCGUUUGUUUAUCUCUGAGAUAAAAGCCAACGGAAGAUUUAUUCAGUUCUUCAUUGGAACUUAUAUUAAUAAUAAUACUCAACAGGUCUGAGACAGCUGUUUAAGUCUUUGACUCAUAUAUUAAAUCCAAAAUUGGAUAUUUGAGCUAUUUUCAUCGUGAUAUGCCGUGCACAAAGUUUUAUUUGAAUACAUAAUUGAUGUUAAUAUUAUUAAAUAAGCAUUAAUAGCCAU